AAGUCUAAAAAAUUGGGGAAUGUAUUGAAGAAGAAGUGCCUAAUUCACUCAAUCAAUUCAUUCUACUGAUUUGCCUUUCUUCAUCGGUUUCUUUUCUUCACGAUUAAGUAUUAUCUCUCUGUUUUCUGUUCUAAUAUGGCCACCAGUGAUAAUGAUGGUCGGCCUUUCCCUGAAGAUGUAGCAAUGGAGAUUCUAACCAGGUUGCCGGUCAAAUCCUUGUUGCGAUUCAAAUGCGUCGGCAAAUCCUGGUACGAAACAAUUACAAGCCCUAUCUUCGUCAAAGAACACAUGAAUCGGAAAUCCCCUCAAAUCUUGAUUUAUAAUCAUAGUGCCCCAGAUUACGCCCCUCCAAUCUAUUUUAUUUCGGUUUCAGAUGCUGGUGCAAUUAAAUAUCCCCUCGAUUAUCUCCGGGGCUUUAGAGGUAUGACGUACCUUUUAGGUUCCGUGGAUGGCUUAUUUUUGUUGGAGCGAGAAAUUGAUGACAGCAUAUACGACAUCUCCUUGUCAUUGUGGAAUCCUGCCACCAGGGAAGUGAGGCCCCUUCCUGCAGCCAACUUCGAGCUUAAACCAUCUUUCACACAAAUGGACCGUCAGUUUGGGUUCGGAUUAGACCCCAUAACUAAUGACUACAAGGUUGUUUGAUUUCGGUCCUUCUGGGAUGAUGACAGAAAUCAAAAUACUUCACAAUAUGCAGCAAUCUAUUCUUGUUCAAGGGAUUCGUGGAGAGUCCUUGAACCUGCAAAUCUCGUACAUGAAUUCUGCGCAGAAGCCGUUGGUACUGCUUAUUUAAAUGGAACUUAUUAUUGGCUGCUAUGUGGUGGGUUUUAUAAUUUUGAUGAUUGUAGCAUUCUUUCAUUUGACUUUAGCAAUGAGGUGUUUGCAGAGAUCGGAGGUCCAGAUGUUGGGCGCGCUUUCAAUCACUUCAAUGUGAGACUGGUAUUGCUUGAUGA